AUGUCCAACGUCCGCCUCUCGAAUGGGAGCCCGACGCUGGAGAGGAUGGAAGCCCGGCAGGCGGACUACCCGAAGCCGUCGGCUUGCCGGAGCCUCUUCGGCCCGGUGGACCACGAGCAGCUGGCCCGCGAGCUGGAGAAGCACGGCCGCGCGCUGGAGGAGGCCGGCCGGAGCAAGUGGAACUUCGACUUCCAGCGCUGCCAGCCCCUGCAAGGCAGGUACGAGUGGCAAGCCGUGGCCAAGGACGCCCUGCCCGACUUCUACAGCAGACCCCCCCGGCUGAGCCGAGGCCGAGCCAAGGCCGGCAGCCCGCCGCGCCGGGGGGGCUUGGAUGGCCGCGGCCCCGCGACGGCGCUCCGGCGCGCUCAGGGAAUCUCCGAGGAGGAGGAGGAGGAGGAGGACGCCGCCGCGCGGCGGCCGGAGCAGGAGACGGGAGCGGCGGGCGCUGCCACCGAUCUAGGGCGCCAGAGCCCCGGGCCGAGGAAGCGACCUGCUGCGGACGGUAAAGUAGCCACUUGCUCCUCUCUCCUGCACGCAAACAGGCCAGCUCGGGGUUGCAUUGAGGAGGAGAGAGCUGCCCGUGACCUGCGUUGCAGGAUCCGACCCAAGGUCCAUCUAGCAGCAGCCGCCAGCCAGGUGCCGCUGGCAAAUCUUUCUGUUUGCUCCCAGCGCCUGGCAGUUAAACUACCGGUACUUCGAAGUAUGGAGGCUUCAUUAAGCUAACUCCUGGGACUCCGCUGAUUUGUUUUCUUCUUUUUAAAGCCAAGCCAAGCAGUUAGCUGAGGGAAAGGACAUCUCUUUGCUUCCAAAUGGAUUUUAUUAGGAAGUGCACCCUACUUACUUGUUCUUGAUCGGUUGUAUCCUACCCUUCCUCCAAGGAGCUUAGGGCAAUGCACUUUGCAUUACCAGUUAUUUGAGGCACUUGUGUUAGCUGUGCUUUUUAAAGGUUGCAGUCCUCAGGAUAGUUGUGUAGGGAAAGUCUCCUAUAAAGCAGCAGGGCAACUCCAAAGCAUAAGUUGACCUAAAAACCACAACCCAAGCUGUCAGGCAGGCUAGGUGGUUCCACUGAAAUCGAUGAUAGUGACUUCCACAUAUUUGGGGCUGGCGUGUUUUAAUCUUGGGGAUAUUAAGGUUACUAGUGAGCUUCAAAUGCCACAUGUAUUUUUUUUCUGGAGCAGUUCAACUGAAGCCAGUGGGACUACUCUAAAAUAAGUGACUUGAAAUGGUUGUCUACCCUCAUAGGGAGGUGAAAGGUUCGCUGGGCAUCAGAUUCCCUAAUCAAAUGGCCUGGGCUCCCCCUGCCACCAACCCAACUCUACAAAACGUGGUAUUCUUUCUGAUGCAGCAGAUAGUGAAAGAGACCAUAUAAUCAAGACAUGCAACUUUGUUGCCCCAUCUUUCCUGCAAAUGGCAGAUGACUCAAGGAGUGGCCUAUGGGAUGUGUUUUCUCCCGCCCCCUUCAUUUGACUGCCUCCUUCACAUUUAGUACAAGAUCCGGCAGCAAAAAUAUUUUUAACAUUAAGCUUCUCCCCCCCCCCCCCAGAUUCCUCUCCUCGAAACAAAAGAGCCAACAUGACAGAAGAGGCUAUUUCAGAAGACUCUUCCAGUGCCUGCUCAGUGGAACAAACACCCAAGAAAUCCAGCCCAAGACGGCAUCAAACGUAAAUUGUUUAUUGGGUAGGUUUCCUUUCCUGAUAGCAUUUAGUGAAAUCUCUACAGAUGGCAGAAAAUGAAGGAUGCAUAAUGAGAGCACCUCAGUACCGUGGAUUGAGCUUAUUGGUAAACCUUUGCAAAUUAGUCAGUGCAAUUUUGUCAAGCUGAGGGGAUAAUAUCAGAACAGGACUCUAGUGUGUCUUUUUUUGUAAUCUUAAAAACACACCUACAGCCUGAUCCAUACCACUUUUACUCAUUGAUUUCAGUGGGAGUUACAGUUUAAUUAGAAAGUAACCAAAACCUGGAGAACAUAUUUCCAAUUAGGGUUUGUAAUCCUAUCCGUGCUUACUGGGAAGCAGAGCUUCAUUAAACUCCGUAGGACUUACUUCUGAGUAAAUUUGCACAUGCUUCAUUUGUAUUUACUGUUGAGCUGAUAGCCACAUUAAUUAAUGUGUGUACUAAAGAGAUUUCAAUUUCCCCCCACUGAUUCUUAUUCUACACUUAACUGUAAUGAACAAUGUUGUUCUGGUUUAAUAUUAAUGGACAUGUUCAAGCAAGGCCGUUCUCUGCAAAUACUGGUUUUGUCUUCUUUUAAAAUAAAGUAUUUCUUCAGCUCAAAUAUGUAGUCUAAUUUGGCUUUUGGAUGUGGUAAACUUUUGUCUACCAUCCUUAAAAACCUUGCAGCCCAAAACUCUUUACUCAGAAGUAAGCCCUACUGAGUUCAAUAGAACUUGAUAGUGAAAUGAGUUUAGGACUUUGUCUUAAUAGUAGUGACACAAAGCUACCUGGGGAAUAAAAAUUCUUAAUUAAAGAGACAAGAGUAUAGGAAAUGCAGCCCCUGAGUAGAGUUUUUAGAGCAGUAGUAUUGUAAAGAAAGUUGACAAACAUGACCUACAAAUGAGUAGAAAGGUUAAGCUUUGGAACCAGAUACUUUUAAAGAAAUCCAUUCUGUUUGGGUGAGCAGGGGCAAGUGUGUAAAUUCAAUUGUUUCUGUCGAUUUGGUUAUUUGAAAGAAAAAGUGCAUUAAAGAAAUUGGGAGUUUGCAAUUAUUUUGUUUUCAGUGCUUCCCCAUCCCCAGAAAACAGCCAAAAUUAGCAGUGCCUCACAACAAUUUAGAUGUACCUACAGGUAGCCGUGCCAACUUUUGAUUUGAAAAAUACUGUUCCCUUGAGUGGAGUUGGUAGCAGGGCUGGGGCAGACAGAGCCAGUGCAUGUCUCCCCUCCCUUAUUUCUUGUCUGCUGUCAUCACCUCUGUCAAAAUAUAGAUUGCAGGUUUCUUGAAGGUAGGGACCCAUCUUGAUGAACAUCACUGGUGUGUCUGUGUGUUUCUGUCUGUGACUAGCUGUAGUCUGAGCUAGGAUGAAAUCAGGCAUGUGAUGGGUGUUGCUUAAAAGAAUCUGGAGGCUUCUAUCAGAAUCUGACAGAACAGAGUUUAACCUGACAAACAAAUAUGGUUCUAUUGGAUAGGCUAUUAAAAACACAAAAUUGGUUGGUUGGGUGAGACAAGUUAUACUUAACAAGUAGUGAUUUCUUAACAAGUACACAGAUUUCUGCCCCACAUGCAAAGUAGAACCUUGAUCCACCUCUAGCAACAGUGUUGACCAACUGUGUGUUUUGAUAGCCAUUUGUGACUUUUUGUACCCUUAAUAAUGAAAUGAGCUAUUGUAGUCUUCACCGACUUAAUGCCCGCUCUCUUCUUUAAUUUCAGAAUUAAGAACAUUCAUUUCCUUGAUCUUUGAAGGCAUCAAGUUCAUGAAGCAAGGAAGAUGCAGAGUUUAUAUAUGA